UUUGUCUAAAGAUGUCAGUAAACACCUAGCAGGGCACGAUGCAGGUGCUUAGUGCUCUAUUUUUAGCUUUGGUGGUUAUUGUGCAUGUCCGUGGACAUCACAGCCAUGAUCACCAUCAUCAUCAUCAUGAAGGCUCAGGUUAGUAAACCUCAGCAACCAGUGACAAUAACACCAUUAGGCGAAAUUCGUGGAGCUUACAAUGUGACUCGUCGUGGACGUACCUUCGAGUCCUACCGUGGGAUCAAGUAUGCUCAACCACCUGUGGGGGAUCUGCGGUUUCAGCCGCCGCAACCAAUAUCGCAAUACAGCAGUCCAGUAGAUGCCAGUAAAGAAGGACCAGCAUGUCCCCUACCAGCAGAAAAUUACUACGUUGACGAGGACUGCCUUACAAUCAAUGUCUAUACGCCACUUAAAAACGAGAGAACUAAGCCUCUCCCUGUAAUAUUCUUCAUCCACCCCGGCGGUUUCUACACGAUGACUGGACGCAGUGACCUCGCUGGACCCAAUUAUCUCCUUGAUCGGGAUAUAGUGUUGGUCACUAUAAACUAUAGAUUGGGGUCACUUGGUUUCAUGAGUACUGGCGAUGAACUGGCACCAGGCAAUAACGGCUUUAAAGAUCAAGUUAUGGCGUUAAAAUGGGUUCAGAAGAACAUUGCAGCAUUCGGUGGGGAUCCAAGCAAGGUCACCAUCGCUGGUUGCAGUGCGGGUUCCAUCAGUGUUAUGCUGCUCAUGAUAUCACCUAUGUCUAAAGGUCUCUUCCACAGAGGUAUUUCUAUGAGCGGUUCUCCUGUGACGAAGGUCCGCACACCAACCGAUAUGUACGACUUGGCGGUGAAACAGGCUGAACUACUCAACUGUCCCACUAACAAUUCGAGGGUAAUUUAUGAUUGCCUCAAAACAAAACCUUGGCAGGAUUUCGCUAAUUCGCUCCCAGGUUUCUUCGAAUUUGGAAGAUUUGAUCCUGUGGGACUAUGGAAUGCCGUAGUGGAAAAAGAUUUUGGGCAGGAGAGAUUCCUUCCGAUAGACCCUAUGGACGCGAUCAGGGAAGGCAAAAUGCAUGCGGUACCUUGGAUUGUCAGCCAAACUGAAGACGAAUUUUACUGGUUCGCCUACAGUGUUGUGACCAACGACACUCUUCGCAACCAAAUGAAUGCAGAAUGGGAGCGAAUCGCACCAAUUUCCUUCAUGCUUCCGACUGAGAACCGAGCGAAGGCAGUCAAAGAGCUAAAGCGUGCUUACCUCGACGACAAGCCUCUACAAAACGACCAACAAAGUAUUGAUAAGCUCGGCAGAAUCUAUGCCGAUUCCAUUGAGGCAUUCCCUGUUAACCGGGUGGCCAACCUCAUGUGUCGUCAUUCGCCGCAGCCUGUGUGGUACUACGAGUUCAGCUACGUUGGGAACCACAGUCACUACGAAGAUCCGAAGACGGGAAAACCCAUAAAAGCUGCACAUCACGAUGACCUGAUUUAUUUAUUCUCUCUACCCUAUCGUUACCCGGAAAUUGGCCUGACCGGACGGGACUCGCUGCUAGUGGACCGAAUGACUGCAAUUUGGUAUAACUUCGCUAGAUAUGGCGAUCCGAAUCCACAACCCGAUACUCCUGAAAUAUCGGGUCUUUCCUGGCCGACUAUGAAGCCCGACAAACGAACAUACUUGCGUAUUGAUGACCAGCUUACACUUCACCAGAACUUAUUUGAGGACAGACUUCAACUUUGGGAACAACUUUAUCCCAUAGAAUAUUAAAUGUAAUCAAAAAGUCAUUUUAACUUUUUAUUGUAGAAUGUAGUGCUAAUUAAUUUUAAAAUAAAACUUUUCAAACAAU